AUUAGAAGUGAUACAUCGGAGAUCCUGGGUGAGACCAUGCCGCUCAUUAAAGACAAGGUGAUGGAAAUGAACCACAUCUAUGCCAAAGUUGAUAAAUUAGAGGUAUUAGUUAAAAUGGUUGCAUACCAUGUUUUCUUCCCAGAAGAGCAAGUGCUUGAAGCAGAAAAGAGCCAUGGCACCUUUCUUAAAACUGUUUGCAAAUUACUUCAGUGUGCAGCUAUCUCAUCGUUUAAAAAUGCAUCUUAG